AUGGCCGCUGCAGAUGCCCAGAUGGUCGGCAAGGUGCUCCUGGACGAGGAUGUCUUCGGAAACGAUGCUGCUACUGAAAGUGUCCGAACCAUGCUGGUGUCAGCUCUUCCUCAUGCAGAGGGAGGCCAUCCGUAUCAGCAGGAAGUACUGAAGCAGUGCCAGCGAAUUUUGUCGGACAGCAAAACCCUCGCCGACAAGGAGAGCGAUCGACUUGGAGAGGAGGCAGCUGCUGCAGCUGGCCGCAUCUCCGAAGCUGAGCAGACCCUCGUGAAUGCAAGUAUUGCCACGCAGCAGGCGAAGGAGGCUGUGACCUCAGCCACGGCGGUGCUCGAAGAGCAGGAGAAAGCC